GACACGCCACAUUCAAUAUGGCGGACGCGCUAACGUAUCGGGACGGACUGCGCCGCCCGCAAAGGGAUGAUAUGAGAACUCCGGGCUGCCAUACUUGUAAAAAGAAGCGCAUAUACGAAGAAAAUAGUAAACACAGCUAAAGGUUGAGCUGCCCUUCCGAUGCGAUAGCGGACGAUCUGUCUCGUUUCUGCUUCUGUCGAGAUCACAAGGAUAUAGCUGCUGAUUGAUGGAGAAGAAUGGAUCGAAUCUCGUUGGAUUGCCCCAACUCUUUACCAGGGAUUCCCCUCAGUGUGCUGUCGGUGCCCAUGGAGAAAUACAAAUGUCAGCAGUGUCUCCAGGUCCUGAGGAAGCGUCAGGCUCAGUGUGGCCACCGCUUCUGUGUGCACUGCUUCAAGCAGCUCACAAGCUCCGGGCCAAAACCAUGUGAGGCCUGUCGCCAAGAGGAAAUCUAUGAGGAACCUCAAUCCAUUCUAAACAGUAAUGAAGCAUUUCCAGACAAUGCAGCAGGUAGAGAAAUAGCGAGCCUGCCUGCCAGGUGUUUGAAUGAGGGCUGCAGCUGGACAGGCUCUAUAAAAGAGUAUGAGAGUCAGCAUGAAGGUCAUUGUGAAUUUGAGCGGAUACCGUGCGAGGCCUGCCAAGCGUCGAUCCUUCUAUCGGAGAAGGAGAGACACAACGAGAGAGAGUGUGAGGCCAGAACUCUCAACUGCAAAUACUGCAAAAUGACCUUCCACUUCAAAGACAUCAAGGCCCAUGAUGAAAUUUGUGUGAAGUUUCCCUUACAAUGCAAAGACUGCGGAAAGAAAAAGAUCCCACGAGAAAAGUUCAAUGACCACAGCAAGUCCUGCGCCAAGAUGAAGAGUGCCUGUCCAUUCAGUGAAGUGGGCUGUAAAUCUGUGAUAGAAAACGGGAAGCUUGGCGACCAUGAGCACAGCAGCACCAUGGAGCACUUGCGUCUGCUGUUGCCCAUGGUGCUGUCCAUGACUCGGAUACGCGCUGACUCCGGUCCUGGAGAGUGGCAGGAGGAUUCUGGUCUGGGCCUGUACAGGUCUCCUGAGGAGGGAGUCACAAUGGGCGCCAGUGCUGCAGCCUCCGGGCAGUCUGUGGACCUGGAGAAAAAGGUGAAAGCUUUAGAAAACAUAGUGUGUGUCCUGAACCGAGAGGUGGAGCGCAGCUCAGUUACAUUAGAGGCCUUCUCACAUCAACACCGUUUAGAUCAAGAAAAAAUUGAAAGCCUCUCCAAUAGAAUGAACCAGUUAGAGCGGACGGUCCAGAUGAGAGACCUGCAGCUGGCUGAACGAGAUCAGAUGGUGCGAGAGCUCCAGUUCUGCACCUUUGAUGGAAUAUUCGUCUGGAAGAUCUCAGACUUCUCUCGCCGGAGGCAGGACGCUGUAGGGGGCAGAGCACCUGCUAUGUUCUCUCCAGCCUUUUACUCCAGCAAAUACGGAUACAAAAUGUGCCUGAGGCUGUAUCUGAACGGCGAUGGGACCGGCCGAGGAACCCACCUCUCACUGUUUUUCGUCGUCAUGAGGGGAAAGUGCGAUGCGCUGCUCAAGUGGCCGUUCAGUCAGAAGGUGACUCUGAUGCUCUUGGAUCAGAACAACAGGGAGCACAUUAUCGAUGCUUUCCGGCCUGACGUCACCUCCAGUUCCUUCCAGAGGCCGAUCAGUGAGAUGAACAUCGCUAGCGGCUGCCCACUUUUCUGCCCUCUGGCCAAACUGGCCGGCAAGAGCUCAUACCUUAGAGAUGAUACCAUAUUCAUCAAGGCCAUCGUAGACCUCACUGGCUUGUAAUGUGUACUGUGGAAGAUACACCCAAGCGCUUUGAAAGGAAAACAUAGAAGGUCGAGAAACUUAUGAUAAUAAUAAUAAUAAUAAUGAUAAUUCAAUUAUAAUAAGAUAUAUCACACAUCGUGACUAUAAUAUAAUAUCUACAUCAUAGUGCAGAAAUCUCUAUGAUGUUCUUAGGAGUGUCACAUUAGGACACGUAUACAAAAAUGUGAACUAACAUCUUAGGCGGUGGAUCUGUGUUGGUUAUAUGCAUCCAUAUUUAGUGGAUAAAUUAAUCAAGCAACCAAUGCACGGAGGCACCGCCAUGUCAAAACCCGGCUUUAUAUAAACUAGAGUAUCACUGCUUUUGCAUUUAUGUCUUGUACAUAUUAGCAUCAGCAUUUAUAUUGAGCUGAAUCACAUAUACUGACAUACUGGUAUGAAACUACCACUAGCAGAGUGCUUGCACUGGUAUAAGCUUAGUUAGGGUGUAAUAACAUAACAUAGUUCAGUACCGCUCCUGUGAUAGUUUUAUUUAUUUAUUUAUUUUUUUCCUAAUGUGACACUCUUUGUUUUUAAUAACAUGUAAUAACUAUAUUUUUAUCAAAUACCUUCUUUAUAUAUGAUCUAUAUAUUGGGAUAUAUACGUAGAAUAGUGGAAGUCUCAGUGGUAGCUUCGUAGUUUACAACUUUAACGUAGCUUCUGAAUUGACAAGUGAUGAUAUGAGGUCAUAUAACUUCAAGGCCUUACCCAUUAACAAGUUAAUACCUGAAUAUUAUUCUGAAUAUAAACAUAGAAGAAGUAAAAAAAGCUUAGAGUGUACUGAGUAAGUGGCCUUAUGUAAACUGCGAAUAUACAGCAGAACAAUAGUUCUGAAUGAAUAUUGCUAAAAACAAAACCUCAUGUACCUUCAUGGUUAAAGCACUCGGAUAAUUUUAACAGCUAAUAUCUACUAUACAUAUUAUACCUUCCUACCUUCAUGUUCUCUAUAAACUUUGUUUAGUAGAGUUUCCUUCUCACUUGGUUAAAGUUUUCAUUGUAUUAUAUUCAUGUCAGAGUUUAUAUUGUUUGUAAAAUAGUUCUGCUGUAUAUCUAUGAUUGGUACAUGUAUUGUUGUUUUUAUAUUUCCAAGAGCGCCCUUCUUUUUCUUUUUUUUUUGUUUAUGAACAUAUCAUUUAUCACAACC